AUGGAUCCACAGAAAGACCUUCAGCCACCCAAACAGCAACCCAUGAUCUACAUAUGUGGAGGUACAUUGAAUCUUAUGUGCAUAAUACGGUUAGAUAACAACAGUAAGACCCCAUGCAGUAAAUAAAACAUAGGGGAGAGUGGGGUAAGAUGAGCCAUUUUUUAUAUUUCGGAUCACUACAUCAAGGCAAUCAUAGUUUUGUCUCUAACUAGUGUAUCUGCAUAUGUUUUAAGAUGUUGUGCAUCCCUGCAAACCAACAGAAUGAGUGUAAACAUAACUGUCUUGAUAAUAUAGCAUGCCAAAAAAAGUGGUCUCCUAUGGUCAACUUACCCUGUGUAUGGGGUAAGUUGACCAUAGGAGCGGGGUAAGUUGAGCUGUAUCUCUACUACCCCCUCCACCUUCUCUCUCCCUAAAUAACAGUCACUUCUUCACAUUCAUGUGUAUUUUUAUCUAUUAUAUGCUAUUCAACUGGUACAAUAAUUUGUUUUAUUGUUAUUGCAUAUAACUGCUAAAAAGCUGUUUUGUAAAAAGUCAUUUUAACAUGCGAAUGCCUUUAAGUGAUUCAGAACAUUCACAGCUGUAUUUUUGAAAAGAGUGAAAGUAUAUAAUAUUUUGUGUAAUUUAAAAAAAAAAUCUCUUUACCUGCAGAGUGUCACACAGAAAAUGAAAUCAAGGCCCGUGAUCCAAUCCGCUGCAGAGAGUGUGGUUACAGGAUCAUGUACAAGAAGAGGACAAAGAGAUGUAUCCUUUCAUGUGAUAUGUGUCAAUGUGGAGUUUAAUGCAUUAAUACUUAAGAAAGGACUGGCACACUUUAACAUCCCAGUUUUUCUCACAGUCUUAGUCAUGAUUAAGUUUUAUUGGAGUUCUAUGACAGAAAGAAGCAUUGGGUUUAUGUCUGGGUUUGUGCCAGUGCUUGUUGUAUUUGUUACUUUCAAUAUCCUUACAUUCAUAUUUUGGUGAUUUAAAAAAAAAAAAAAAGAUUGAAUUGAGUCCUUUUACACCUGCAUAUUUCUUUAACUCUGAUUUCAGUGGUUGUCUUUGAUGCUCGAUGAAGAGGAAGAUUACAGCAGUGUUGAUGGUCAUUGUUUUUUUUUCUUUGUGUAGUUUAUUACCAUGUAAAUAAGUAUAACACCAGGCUUGGUUCUUAUUUUUUUGAGUUAUUCUAAAAAAUAAUAUUGCCAUGUGAAGGUGAACAAUGCUGUUUUUUGCCAAAAUUUUGGAUUAUUAAAAAAAAAAGUUUUUUACCAGCCUUGACAGUUUCCUUUAUUUUAUUAUUCUGAUCUUUUACUCAGGUAAGCAAAGGGCCAUUAAAAGAAUUUUUGUUUUUGCAUUUUCGUGAAUUGACGGAGCUUUCUCAGCAUGGUGGUCAUAGAGAAGGCAAGGGUGGGACUGAGUACCUUGAACCCCAAUCGAGGAAGGGAGCCUUUUAUAGAUUUAAAAUAAAACCUAAGUAAAGUUUAAAUUUUUGAUGAACAGUAUCAAGGACAAAAGACAGUGAAGGGAAAUAGAGUAAACAGGCUGGAGAAAAUAUAUUUUAUUAAACAUUUGGUAAAAGAGGGAGAGUACCACCAAGCAAUUUAGAUUUGGGAAAAUCAACCAGUAAUCUGGCCAGGAUUAAACUGGCAUUAUAUACCUGACUUCCCUUCAGCUCAGACCAUGCUUUUUGAUUAUAAAAUACUACAUCUUGUUUAAAGGGAUAUUCCGGCGUAAAAUUAAUUAAGGGUCAAACCGAGUUAGACACCCCCUCCAGAGAUGAAUGUUGACGACUGCUUGCUUUUCUAGUUGUACCAACUUUAGUAACGACCGCACAAAAGCAAUACACAGCGGUCUGAGGAGCCAUAGACAAACCUCAACCAAGACACCCCUUUAUAGCCACAAAUAAUGCUCAGAACAGCACCUAACUUCAUCAACUUACAAAACAGUGAGCCAUAAUGCUGCGUGCUGGUUAUUUUUAAAGGUGAAUCAGUGACUUUUAGUUUUCUAGGUGUUAAUGAACCUGUGUGUAGAGUGAGCGUUAGCCUGGGGCUUUUCUUGUGAAAGGGAAAACGGAAACAGUAUCCGGUGAGCAGGCGCUGUGUGUCUGGAUAGCAACAGCUGUUAAAGGUGCGGAGUUUUAUCUUUCCUUUUUAUACUUGAAUAAAAUGUAAAGGUUUUGACCGGACCGCAACCAUCCUUUAUACUAAAAACAUGUAUUUAUUUGAUACCUCUACGUGUCGACGUGUUUAUCUGUUAGUAGGCUACCAGCAGGUGGAUUUCGUCGCUUUUGGACAAACAUGCUUUGCUUUCUCAGCUCUUAAAAAAAAGUAUCAAAAGUUUUCUGUUAUUAUGAGUUGUUUUGCCUCUACUUUUUAAAAAAAUAUUUGUAUAUGUACGUACACGCAGACGUGUUUAUGGAUUAGUGCAUAUCUUGUAUAUAUAUGUAUGUACUUGGGUGCAGAGCCGGCCCAAGCCUCAAUGGGGCCCUAAGAAAAAUUUGAUUUUGGGGCCCUCUAUUUUUGCCAUUAAUAUUGAUUGUUGAUCAUUCACAUACCUACUACAGUAUAGAUUUUAAUGCACCUGACAUGUCUUUACACAUUUAAGGGGGUGGCCUAGGUAAGAAACUGUUAACUGAGGUCGAAUAUAUGAUGCCCUAUCGUUCCUUAUUUAUUUAUUUUCCCUCUCUUUUAUUAGGGGUACAAGAGAAUUGAUCGAUUGGUUAUGUUGAAUGUAUGAUCUAUAGUUAAACUGAACAUGAUUAUUUAUGUAGACAGGGCUGUGCCAAUGAAUUUAUUUGUGUAUUCACUUUUAAUUAGUAUAAUAGCAAUUUUUUUAUUGUAUUCAUUGUAUUUAUAGAGUCAUAAAUAUCUUUCUUUUCUUUUUUUUGUACAUAUAUGCAUAUAUAAUAUAAUAUAGAUUUUUUUUCUUUUUUUUUUUCUCUCUUGCUUUUUUCUUCCUAUGUUUAUUUAUUUUACUAGCAGAGGCCAAAUCAAGUAGUGUACUAGUAUUUUUAUUACCAUAAAUACUUUGUUUGAUAUUAUCCUUUCCCAAGAUACAGAUAAGAAAAAAAAUGUAUGAUUUUGAUACUGAACAGACUGACAAACCUGCCACACUACGGUACACUUUGGGUGUUAUUUAUUUAUGUAUGCACUUGUUUACUUUAGAAAAGAAAAAAAAUCCUUUUUGUUUUUUUGCUUUGUCCUGAAUUUAUGUGUUUAAAUGAUUUAUGUUUGAUCACAUGAAAAUAAAACUAAAUAUUAUGAUAAAAAAAAGAUCCGUUAGUAUGCAACAAAACAGAAAAAAAUAGUGAUUAUGAAGGUGUAAAGAGUCUUUUUUUUUUUUUCUUUCCCUCAUUCAUCCUGUUUGUUUCAUCGUCAGCACCGUGCCACUAAGACCUGAGGCUGUCCCAUCAUCAGCUGUCCUUCUGCAGUACUGCAUGACUGUGGCGCACCCCCCUCUGUGACAUCACAGCUGACGUCUGAUGCAGGGGGCGGGUCUUUAAGAAAUCCCCAGUCAAGCACAGAUGUAGCUGCAGCUCCGCCAGAGGGAGAGAGGCAGAGGGGGAGAAAGAGAAGGAAGACACUGCGGAGGAGGAGUGCAGUCAUGGGGAACGCACAGGAAAAACCUCCGGGCAGCGGAGGAGCAGGAGGAGGCAGAUCGCAUCAGACCACAGCAGGGAGCGGGACCAGAAACCGGGGUGAAGGCAGCGGGGGAAAGCCCCAGAGUCAGAGAGCUCCGGAGAAGGGAUUGGCAAAUGGUACACAGAGAGAAAACAGCACCGUGGGUGGACAAGAGGAGCAGGGCAGUCCCGCAGUGGACACAAGUUACCUGGAUGCUCCUGCUGGGGCCCUUCCCCCUCACCUGGCCCGGCUCAAGAAUGAAGGAAACCAUCUUUUUAAACAUGGACAGUUUGGAGACGCCUUGGAGAAAUACACACAGGCUAUUGAAGGGUGUGCUGAAGCAGGUGAGGGGAGAUAGGAGUGUUUUUUUUGUUUCCAUAUGCAGUGUUUCCAUAAAUCAUAUAUGAGUUUCAAAAAUCUUCCAAUUAGUAGGAGGAAUCUCUGUAUUUCUUGCUAAUUUUCUCAAAAGCUGUCAAAAAGAUCCUCUUAAAGCAGUAUUCAUUUAAUCUCGACUAAAAAUGUGACUCCAUACCUUAAUUUAUACUCCAUUUUAAGUCUCUUUUGAAGAAGCAUUCUCAAUGAUGUCUCAGUCGUCAUUUUAAGAUCAAGAAAACUCUUUGAAAGCAACUUCUGACUGUGCGACUCUCAGUCACUUCAGAGAGAUCAGUGCUAUACAAACCUUCUUUUAUCACAGGCACACUAGUCUUUGUAAGAAUAUCAGCUAGAAGUGAAAUCUGAGUUUUAUGGCUCCACAAUUCCAAGCAUCCCAAAUUUGAACGCAUUAUGCUCACUAUCCUCCAUCCAUUCUCGAAGUCUGCAUCCCAUAUUAAACCCUGAACCAGUUCACAUGUUAGACUGGUCAGCUGCUCAGUUUGGUUUAUCACAACUUUAAGUUUCAAAAACUGCAGCUGACACCAGAGACGUCACUGCUGAUUUGUGAAUGCGGUGUUGGCACCAGACAGCAUCACUGACCGUAGACACGGGGUUAUGUGAACGUGUGUUAGUUAGGCUUUUAGAUGGAUUGAAUGUCAUGCUGCACCUUUAAGAGCACUCAGCCAACUUUUACUCUCAGUGUCGGGGAGAGGGAUUGUUUUUUUUUUUUUUUUAAUGCAGCUCCAGAGACGUGCUUAAAAAGAUUAGCCUUGAUGUCAGAGUCGACUUAGCAGAGAGACUGUCAAAGGGACACGCCGUAAACAAUGUGUGAUCAUGUGUUUUUUAAACAUUGUAUAUCACAUGUACUCAGGAUAGCAGCACUUGAAGCAGAGCGUGAUGACCGGUGCUGGGAUGGCAGAGCAUCAGCUGAGGUUGAACGAGAAAGAGCAGAUGAGAAAAUGACUGUACCAGAGGGAUCGAUGCGGACACAUCCAUUUUUCUCUCAUCAUUCAUCUAUCUCUCUUAUCUUUACUUCUGACACUUCAAACCAAGUCCACUGAGCACAGAGGAUGUUUAAUGAUGUAUUUUUUAUCUUAUCUUGUAUCCUAUUGAUAUUUUCUUAGUGCUACUGGCUCCUCAAAGUUACAUUAGAAGAUUUUGCUGUAUAACUACAACAACAAUGAAGUCUUCUCUGUUUAUCUGUCUCACCUGCUUUUACACUAAUGAAUUGUGAUCUGUGUUCUCCUGCAGGCGUCGAUAGUCCAGAAGAUCUGUGUAUUUUACACUCUAACAGAGCGGCCUGUUACCUGAAGGACGGAAACAGCACAGACUGCAUACAAGACUGCACAAAGUAAGUUUGAACAUGUGUGUUUCUGUGCGUAUGUCAACAUCGAACAGACUUCUGAGGCUGUACUUUACACUCAAUGAUGUAUUAGUGUUGGUAAAAUGUAGCUUAGUGCUAUUAUAACACUGUGCAACUGGAAGUGAACAUUUUAGAGGAGAUAAUUUAGAUUAAAGUGCUUUUACUGCUGAGUGUCCAGCCUGGAUAUCCUGGUCAGCUCACUUCUGUCUAACUUUACACCCCAAAAGUACACUUAAGUGGCAUUUGAAUCAUUUUAAGAGCUACAAGAUCCACUAAAUGCUUUGUACAAUAGUAUUUCCACCACUAGAAUGCAGACUUUGUCACAUUUAAAUAGAUUUUUUUUCCCCCUUAAAGAUGUUUUCCAACAAAAAACAAAAAACAAAAAGGUUUUAGUUUUUUUAGUCAAGUUACAUUUAAGAGUUUCAAACUUUGUGAAAUUGAGUUAAACAGGCAAUAACUUCCAAAAAUCAAAUAUUGGGUUUAGAUUUUGGUCACAUUACAAGUUUCUUUAAAUAUCCACUAAAAUCAUCUGUAAACGUAUCAUGAAUUUCCUGAGGUUCUGCUUAUGUUGUGUUUUGCUUCUUGAUGUGAGACUUCAUAAUUUGAGUCAGCACUUUUACCAAGCUUGCAGUUUUUUUUAACAACAUCUCCCAUUUAAAUUUUUGUUGACCUAGAAACAAGAAAUGCAUCUUUUAAUAUUACUGUCCACAGCAAAUACACACACACACACAACAAAUGUUUGUAUGUUUAUGAAUAAAGUGUUGCGGAUCAGCUCAGUGACACCUGUUGAGCAGCUGCAGACAGUUUGAUCCUCUCCACUCCCGCGUCUUUCUGAUCCUCUUAGGGCUUUGGAGCUGCAGCCCUACUCCUUGAAACCCCUGCUGCGCAGAGCCAUGGCUUAUGAGUCACUGGAGCGCUACAGAAAGGCCUACGUGGAUUAUAAGACCGUCCUGCAGAUAGACACUGGGGUGCAAGCGGCUCACGACAGCGUCCACAGGUCAGCUAAAAACACAUCUAAAAAUAAACAUUUUGACCAUGUCUUUGAUUUAGCUUUUGUGUCUUUCCUCUCUAAUCAUUUCCUAAAGAUGACUAAUGUGUUUUCAUGAUCAUUAAUCACACUAUCCUAUCACAUCCUUUUGUAUUGUACCAUUUGGUAUCAUAGACCAUCAAUCAGCAAAACAAAGUUUAUUGCAAAAUAAUAAUAAUAACAAACAAUUGAAAAAUAAAAUGAUGCUGCCAGGCUGCUGAUCUGGCUGCAGUGAGAGAGUUGGAGGAACCACACAUGGGCUUUUUUAGGGCAGCCCACAGGUGUCAGUGAUCAAGAGCAAGAGGUCAGAGGUUAUCUUAGGGGAAACAGCUUACAAUACUGAAGUAGUCCAUACCAUAUUGUUUUGUAUUUUGUACCUUAUCAUGUUGUAUUGUACUGUACUUUAUAGUACCUUAACAUAUGAUUUUGUAUUGUAUUGAUUUUGGAUCAUACCCUAACAUGUUGUUUAAUUUAAUAUAAUAUAAUAUAAUAUAAUAUAAUAUAAUAUAAUGUAUCACUGUAUCAUGAGUAUAAUAUAAUAAUAUAUAAUAAUAUAUCUAUCAUGUGUAUAAUAUCGUAUCAUAGCAAAGCAAAUUGUAUUGUAAUGUAUUGUUUCGGAUCGUACUGUUUCACACUGAUCUGUAUUAUAUUGUAUCAAACUGUUCUAUAAUAGCAUUUUAAUUAAAAUCAUAUCAUAUCCUCUAGCUUUAUAUAGUACAAUGACCCACUGUAUCACAUCACACCAUAUUAAUAUUUGUGUAUCAUGUUGUUGUGUUGGAUCAUACUCAUGUACUAAAACCUGUCCUGUUUAUUUUAUAUUAAUAUCUUAUUGUUGAGAUGACUAGAACAAGGUUUACUGAGUUAUUCUUGAAACACCAGAGUGGAUUUGCAACAUUUAGAACCUUGAGCAAGACUCUCAGUGUUGUUUACAACAUUUUCCUAAAUUCUUGGCUUUGGCUCACUGUCAGUAUUGUGGAUUUUGAAGAGAAGAAAAUGAAAAUCCUGCUAAAAGGAUAUUCAGUUUGCAGCAAUUUUCGUCUCUUUACAGAUCAGAGAGUUAAAUCUAUCAUUACAUGCAGCUUUUUCUUUUUCGUCUGAGGUAUAUUUCCUUUAUUAUCCAGGUGGAGCAAACAUGGCACUCACCUUGGAAAAAUAGGCAAAAAAUCCAGCUUACAAAUCAUUAUUAAAGCGCAUGUUAACACUGUACUGUUUGUUUUCCUUCCAGGAUCACUAAGAUGCUUAUUGAGCAGGACGGACCGGGCUGGAGGGAGAAGCUUCCGGAGAUUCCUGCCGUCCCCUUGUCUGUCCAGCAGCAGCACAGAGACAAACCUGUCAGCGCUGAAGUGGCUCAAGCACGAGCCGCCCGGGCUGCACAGGAGGAAGGUUCGUGACACCCCUUAAGAUGUUUGGUGCAAAGUCGACUGUAGGAUUGUACAUUUCAGAUCGAAACACAUCCUCAGGGUACGGUUUAACUUAGAUGUCCUCGUAAGCUAUUCCUAUAUACACACUGACACAUUAGCACAAUCCUCUUCUUGAUCUCGUAUGACGGUUUUUAACCAAAUACUGUAUUUUCUUUUGAGAUAUUUUAUGUGAUUCCUGCAUUUUUAAAUGAGCCUCCUGAAUAAUACAGUCCUGAGGCUGUAGCAGCAGAAGUCAGCGAGAACCAGUGAGCAAGUGCUGAGCUGUGGGGAAGAAACCCCUACUGAGAGAUACUGUGAGAGUAUUUGUGUGUCUGGAUGGAUCAUUAAUAAUGCACAGGGUAAGGAGACCCACACAGUGAAGGGCUGCUGUAAUGGAACAAUCCAGGUCAGGUUUCUCUCUGGCUUCUCACAGAGACUAAAGGCUCCACAUUUGUCAUUAAUUUGGAUUAAUUUAAAUGCAUGAAGUGUAGCGAACGAGCCAUAAAUCUAACAUAAAUUAAUAACUUAAAUGUAAACAAAAUUAUCUUUAUACACAUCAAGGUUUACAGCUCACAUGAAUAAAGCCCUACACCUGAGGAAGCACACGUACACAUCCACAAACAUAUAACGACCAUAUAAAGAUCAGAGAUAAUCUCAGAAUAGCACACUGCUGUUGCCGGGGAAACACACAGGAGGAGGUUCAAUGUGUCGUCAGUGAUGAACGCCUCAUUCAUUUAAAAAAUCUUAGUGAGCCACAGAAAUGAAAGCCACAUGUUCAGUUAUGAACUCAGAUGUUGAUUUUUUUUAACUUGAUUUUUAUUAAAUUUUUAACCACAACCAUACAGUGUGUAUAUCUCACUACAAUACACUUAUUUUCCUUUUUACAGCUGUAUGUGUAUUUUUACAAACACACAUAGAUAAUGUAGGAUUAAAUCAAGGAAAAUUAUUGUAACCAUCGCAAAUAAAUAAUGUCCACUCCAAAAUACAGAUUUAUAGAUGUUCAUUUUUUUAACUGUAUUCAGAGGCAGCAGAGUUACCCACAGUAUGGUGUUUUUUUAACUGCUCUCUUUAAAAAUAAGACUUUUUUUGUAGUUUCUUGCAAAUUAAAAUGAAUAGAAAAUCUACUUACUUGGACAGGAGUAUUAAGGCCACAUUGUUAAAUGAAAAUAAAUAGAUUUUUAAAAAUCAAGAUUGAGGAUACAGUUUUAAUUUUGUCCAUUUAUCAGUUUCUUCUCCCACAACUUCAUCCUUGAAGAAUAACAACUUUGUUCUCUGAUUUAAAUCUUGCACUCUCAAAAUGUUUAAGCCUUUAUCCUAUUCAACAACAUACAGAUCUUUCUAGAUGUAUUCUUUAAUUAAUUCAGUGGUUCUCAAGUCCAGUCCUCGAGCCCCCACUGUCCUGCAUGUUUUGGAUGUUUCCCUGCUCCAACACACCUGAUUCAAAUCAUCAGCUCGUUAGUAAGCCAUUACAGAGCUUGAUAACGAGCUGAUGAUUUGAAUCAGGUGUGUUGGAGCAGGGAAACAUCCAAAACAUGCAGGACAGUGGGGGCUCGAGGACUGGACUUGAGAACCACUGAAUUGAUAUUACAACCGUUUUAUCAUAGUUCGACGGUUAGGAUUCUUGAUUUGUUUCCAGCUCUGAGUGAUACAAAAAUGUAAAUCUUUAAAAUCUCGAAUAAAAAGGUGAUCGAUAACGGACUAACCUGUAAGGUUACCGUCUCCUCGACUUCUCCGUCCUCUGUAACAUCAGGAGGAUCAGACUCUUCCUGACAGAGCAGACAACACUUGACGUAAAAGGAGCGUUUUAAUUUCCCAAAAGGAUCAAUAAAGGUCUAUCUAAUCUAAUUUAAUCUAAUCUAAUCUAAAGAAAACUCUGUUAUAUUAAGUGAAUGAGUUCAUCCCUUAAACAGCCUGUAUUUAGAUUUAAACUCUGAAGAUCCUCAUCGGGUCAAACAUUGUCAGUGUUUGAGAUGAACGAUGAAGGAUACUAGAUGCACACUCAGUUUAAAGUCUGAGUAAAUUGUGUUAUCCAUCUGUGUUCACCCAUGAGUCUGUGGAUACACUUAAGUGCUUUAGUGUGUGUGUCUGUGUGUGUGUGUGUGGGUCUGUGUGUGCGUGUGUUUGCCAAAGUCAUUAUUAUUAGUGGUUUUCUCAGCACAACAGAGAGCUCAGUAAGCAGGAGUUGACCCAUUUCUUCCAGUCCAUUCAGACUGCUGCUGCUGCUGACAGGCUGAUGGAUUUAUUGAUUGGUCCAAAGAAAACUUGUCUUUCUUUAAUCAGUUCAGAGGAAAAACACGAUUUACCGCAGUCCAUUUACAAUGAAACGAGGAGGUUAAAAGUCUAUAAAGAUGCUUUUACCAUUCGGGAGCAAAGUGUUUAAAUGCUGAUUUCCCUCGAUGUUCUGUUGAUUACUGAUUUUGUUUAGUUUAAGUGUUUUAUCGAUUAUGUGUUUUUCGCUAACAGCCAGAAGAAAAGAGGCUCGCUUCACUUUGCUGAAACGAGAAGGGAAUGACCUGGUCAAGAGCGGGAAGUACCAGGAGGCUUUGGAGAAGUACAGUGAAUGCAUCACUUUAAAACCUGAGGAGUGUGCGGUCCACACGAACAGGUACGAGCGAAAGGACCGUCAUAGCUGCAGAGGGACAUUUAUUUAAGGAGAAAUAUCUGCAGUUAAUGUCUUUAAAGAAGUUUGUUUGUCUAGUAUAAAUGGAUAUUUCACUAUUUUAGCCACGAGAGCUGCCCCAGAUGAUUAACUUUAAUGAUAUACGUAUGAUGAUCUCCUUAGAACAGCAGAGGGCACUGCAAUACUAUCCUCAAAUCCAGUCCAUGACGAAUGUUAUAUCUCUUGGCAACAUUUACAAAGAUCCAGCACCCGUGGAGUGGGUGAGGGGAAGCCACUAUUGGUUUAUUUUAAAUGAAACAUUCAGUCAGUUUCACUUUUGCUUUAUGACUUUUAUGAUAAAUGGAUGUAGUUCCACAUAAACCGCCUGUUUCCACAAAGAAAUGAAAACAUGAAAUCAUGAGGUGAUUCAUGUUUGACCCUCUGUGAAUGUAGCAGAGUUAGCUGGGGACAGAUUUGCUUCUGAGGUAUUGCAUUGAAUCGUUGCUAUAAAACAAAUUAAAUACAGGUAACACAUGUCACCUAAGGGCUAAUUUGUAUCUCAGUAUUGUGAGUGAUGGAAAGGUGUAUCAAUCAAUCAAUCAAUCAAUCAAUCAACCAAACUUUAUUUAGGAAGUGCUCUUCCUACAGGAAUGUGACUCAAAGUGCUUUACAGUCCCCUCAAUAAAACUACCUCAAUAAUCUCAGAUCUCUUCCAAGAAGCCCGCUCACCACAACAUCUUGUGAACCAGCCCAUAAAAAUGUCCCUUUUAAACGUUCUCUGCUGAACAAGUCUUUUAUUGUCAAUGACCUGAUUUUAGAUCAAACUGGACUGUUUGUUUUUAACUGUGUUUCACUCUCUGAACUCUCUCCUUCCUCUCCUCUCAGAGCUAUUUGCCUCCUGAAAUUGAGUCGAUUUGAAGAGGCCAAACAGGACUGUGACACUGCUCUGCAGCUGGAGCCCAACAACAAGAAAGCCUUCUACAGACGGGCUCUGGCUUUUAAAGGUUUACAGGUGACCCACUGUUUGUCAGUUUGAGCAUCUUGUUAAGCUCUUAUUUCACUAUCGUUCACUGGUACUAUUUUUCUCCCUCGUUACAAUGUGAAAUCCAGGACUACUUGUCGGCCAGCAGUGACCUGCAGGAGGUCCUCCAGCUGGACCCGAAAGUCCGGGAAGCUGAGCAGGAGCUGGAGGUGGUGACGAACCUGUUGAGGCAGAGUCUGAUGGACAACACUGCAUAACCACCAUGGGUACGAUGUUUAUACUCAAUGUUUAUCCUUAUAUUCCUUUUUUUUAAGACAUAUUUUUUAAAAACUUUUUCUUGCAAAGCAGACACAACAGAGACAGCAUAAAACACAGCACUAGCAACAGUGCACAGAAUACAGGCACUUAAGCCUGAGAGGGGAAGAUAAAUAAAAUAAAUGCAUAGAAAAUAAAUAAUUGAAAAUAAUAGCAAAAGUUACUCAAAAAAAGAUAAUAAAAACAGAGACAAAUAUUAAGGGAGUUCAAGGAGGACAGAAUAACACAUACACAAAUUUAAUAGUGUACCACACUAUGGCUCUGCAUCCUUUUCCUUGGCCAGAUCUACGCUGACCUCACCCUACGAGAUGCAGUGGUACCUAAGUAGUCCAGAAAUGGAUCCCAAGUCCGAUAGAAUAAAAAGGGUUUGUCCUUCAAUGUUGUGGAGAAGGCUUCAAAUGGAAUAAUACAGGUCACAGUGUGUAAACCUUUUUUUUAAAAUAUGUUUGUCUUUAAAACAGACUAAACUUGUUUGGGUCAAAUCGAUUCAUCUCAGAUUUUGAACAUCAAACAGCUAAAAUUGGUCUAGUUUUUUGUUUUUGAAUUAAAUUUUAGCAGAAAAUGUUAAAUUCCUGAAGUCCUGACAAUCCUACCAGAUUAUUUCUGUGUGUUUGGAAAUCAAACCUUUGUAUUCAAACAGUCAUAAUGAACAGAGGCUGACUCUCUCUCUCUUUCUCAGCAGGGGCAGAGAUAUGAAACAGGUGUGGACUCUGCUCUGUUGCAGUAAUGGGCGAUGGACUCUAAAAGCCAUCAUCUGCAGAAAGUUCGACCGGUAAAAAUGAAAAAAAAAAGGACUGGCUUAACGUCGAGGGACGGCUCCUCAGACAACCAGCUCUGCACCAUCUGCAGUGUGUGCACACCAUGGCUCCUGAGUAUACAACCUUAAAAAAAGGGCAGCUUCAUUUGAAAAGGCUAAUGUCAAGGUACUCAUGACCUGCUUGCACUAAAAGUCAUUCACAUUAUGAUAUAAUGUACUGUAAAUACAGUCUUCUUGCAGACUGCAGAGCUCUGUCGUAUGUUGAAGUAACACAGGGGGAAGUACGAGUGUGUUUUGUGUGCCUUAUUGAGAUUUCUACCAGAGUACAGUUUGGAAAAAAACGCCAAGAAUUCAAGACUUUGGGUUUUGCUUAGUUUCCUGAGCUCCUGGGAAAACAAAGACGAAAAGGGAUUCAGCUCAACUGUAUUUUUGUCAGACUUCAAUAAGUUCAAAAGAUCAUUUCUCAUCAUCAUUUUUCAUUGUUUACAUUGAUUUUAACACUAAAGCUGCUAUUCACGCAAGAAGCCAACGACUGAUUUUAGGUUAUUAAACAAAACUCUCUUAAAUGUACAGAAACCAAGAAAAGCCUGCUGUUUUUAUUUGUGCUUCAUUUUAAGAUAACAUCUCAAUUUGUCACAACUUUAAGCUGAUUUCUAUUUUCAUCACAAGAAGGAAACGCAGGAUAUCUGGGGUUUAAGGUCUGUUUUUUGGGGUUUCUGGGGUAAAAAUGGAAAACUAGAGAGAAAAAAAUCAUCUUUAGUUCAUCUAAACACGAUUGACUGAUGUUGAGGUGAGACUUUACAGCUCAGCAGUGACACAAGCAGUAAAUGUGAAGUUUUAUGUGCUUCAUUUAGUCAUUCGAGACGACCUCUAGUUUUAUGGAAGCCAAAGAAAUAUGUCCCUCCUGUAAUUAAGAUGCUGUAUGUGUGUCUACUCUUCUCUCUGUUAGAAAUAUAACAGAAAACCAACCUUUGCUGUUCUUUAUAAACACAGAUUAACAUCAUUAUCACAAGUUUAAAAACACAAGUUUGAUAACUGGCUGAUUUAAGAGAGAGGGUAUAAAUGAGCAAAAUGACUCCAGGCGUCUGUAAACUGUACUCAGCUUUUACAGAAGUGAGGCCUAUGAUUGAGUUGAAUUCAUGAUUAAAUAUUAAUUUCUCUUAAGCAAAUAUUCGCUCCAAAAUAUCACAAGCUCAUCGUCUAAAUUUGAAGUGUUACCUCAUAGUUUUUUUUAACAGGUCGCUUUGUUGUUUUGUUUCACUGGCCUCAGGUUCUGGCUUGAAGGGCGAUCAGAUGAUUCCGUCUCUGUCAGCAGGUGUAGUUUUUAGGUCCAGUUUUUCAAAACUCUUCAUGUAGCUUUAAUAAGUAUCAUUCUACUAUUCAAGGAAAUAAUCGAUUUUUUAAUUUUUCUGCCUCAUAUCUUCCAUUUGCUAAGAUUCACAAACCAUAUCAGUCGUAAAACACACAAUAAUCUAAAGCUAAUAGCACAACGUGCCACAACACCGCGGCUCCUCUUAUUCUGCCCUCUCCUGUUGUCUUCCUGAUGUUUUCAAAAGUCAAGCAUAAAAAUCUGAACUGAUAACACUUGAUAUGAGGCUUGAAGUGUUGCUUCAUGGAAUGUAUGCAUGUACUGUAUGUAAAUAGUUUGAUGGCAAAUGUAAAUAAUAAACCACUAUGUGGUUGCUUUAAUGAGCA